AAAAAAAAAAAAGAUAUUAGUUUGCCACCUCUUGUCAACUUUCUUGAAACUCAAUUUUUUUUUUCUUUCUCUUUGAAUUUUGAAGUUUAAUUCAAACUUCUCAUUUUAUAUUAUAAUUGUUAGGACUUUUUAGUUAGUCUUAUACUAUAUAGUAUAUACUAGAUUUUGUUAUCAAGUCCCUUUAUUUAGUGAAGUUGUUACAUGUGUAUACUCAAGGUGGCGAAUUUUAGAAGCAAAAGAGACGGGGAAAGAGAUGAUGAGAGCUCUAAUUUUAAUGUGUUGGGAUCGACGUUUUCGGGUAAUAUUAACAGAGAAGAAGAAAUGUCUGUGAUGGUUUCUGCACUGACACGUGUCGUUACUGGUGAAGAUAGAGUAUUAAUGGAUCAUCAAGGAGAUAUUGGUGCAGCUAAUUCGAAUAAUAAUAAUAUUGGUUCAUCUUUGUGUGAAUUUUCUGGAGGUGUUGGAGAGAAAAGGGGACAUGAAGAGCAACACUUCUUGUCUGAUAUUAGUUCACCAUCAGGUGGGGAAAGUUCAAAUGUUAGGACUAUUGCAAGCAACACACCAACAACAGAAGCAACAUUCAUAUAUACUACUCCUACAUAUGAUCAUAAUAAUACCAUUAUUGAUCAUAAUCAACCAAGAAGAAGAUAUAGAGGAGUGAGACAAAGGCCAUGGGGAAAAUGGGCAGCUGAAAUUAGAGAUCCAAACAAAGCUGCCAGGGUUUGGCUUGGAACUUUCAACACUGCUGAAGAUGCUGCUAGAGCUUAUGAUGAAGCUGCACUAAAAUUUAGAGGCAGCAAAGCUAAACUCAACUUCCCUGAAAAUGUUAGACUCGUGCCUACAUCAAUUCCGCGUCAGAAUGCCGUCGGUAAUAUGAGAUUUACAACGGAAAAUCAGUUCCCUACGAGCACAUUUCCCACGGAUUCCGCGGAAAACGAUUUGGAAUUUUCGACGGAAAAACAAUUUCUGACAAGCGCACUUCCCACGUAUUCCCUGGGGAAUACCCUUUACACUGGUUCUUCUUUCCCUAAUGAUAAUCCUAUAGUUCACACUCAAUCAGCAAAUAGUAAUAGUGACAUAGACCCUCAGUAUUUCUUGAAUGAUGAUUAUCAAAGGGUGCAUUCAUCUUCAAGUUUGUUAAACCAAUCCAUGUUUUCUACUACAUUACAAUACUCUUCUUCUUCAUUGUCGUCGUCUUCUUCUUCUUCUCAAGCGCCUUUUAUUCCCUUUAUGUUUAUCCAGGGUUCUCAACCUACCGGUCAGAGUAGUGCAAGUGAUUUUCGGGCUACUUCAUCGGAUUCAGCUCAUCACCCUUCUUCUAGAAAAUCUAAUAGUCGUGACUAGUUAGAGAUUUAUGUUUAUCACUUCAAUGUGAUUUUUGAAUGGAUUGUGAAACCAGAACCGGUCUACAUAGUGAACAAUGUAGGUGGACAAAGUUCUCUUUACCUUUUUGGCUUAGUUGUUGAGAUAUAAAUCUUGAGUAGGAUCUUAUAAAAUGAGAGUUAUUUUUUGGAAAUUUCUUGUUUUAACAAGAAGAACAACAAGAUGAUGUUGAUGAUGAUGAAAUAAGCAAUGAUUAUGACAUAAUGUUUGUCUAUCU